UGCAAACACACACCGUCUCUUGGCGAACAUGGCGGCAACUUGACAACGGCAGCGAGAUGAAGACGGUGAGGGCUUGAAAAAGAAAAGAGGUCUGUUACAGGCUGUAGGCCCAUCCGCCGACACAAAGGCACACAGCUUCGCCAUGUUGGAAGAGGAUAGCGCCCUUGUCCCUGCACGACCGAGGCCGGGGGAAACGUAAACGCGUCGGUGAGUGUUUCUAAAAACGGAGUCGAGGCUACGCAGAGGAGCGGAGCGGCGCGGCGCGGAGCUCGGGGCGGACGGGAGGACAGCGGCUUCACCGGUCAGCCAUGGAGGAUGCGGCCCGUGGUCGCCAGCGUCUAAUUUCCCAUCCGGCCCACGCUCAUUUUAAUGGGAAUUACCGCUGAUCGCAAAGGCAAGCCGGGACAACCCACCACCCGACACUUGAGGGGAGGAAAACGCGAAGCGGACCCCACGUCAAUGACUGUUGCGGCAGAGGAGCCCCCACGGUGGAGUCGGCCGGUUCCCAAAAUAUGACCAGGGGUGCUGGGACGUGUUGGCAGCAAGAAGAUGACGACGGCUUCCAAAUCUGGCUAGAGCCCCCCCGCGACAACCAAAAGCCAUUCACCGACUCAGAGAGGGCGCAGAGAUGGCGACUGUCCUUGGCAUCCCUCUUGUUCUUAACCAUCCUCCUCUCUGAUCACCUGUGGUUCUGCGCCGAGGCCAAACUGGCCCGGACCCGGGACAAGUUCGCAUCCUCCUACCCCCUCUCACCCCAGACCCACUCAGCACACAGCAGCCUCAGAGGAAAACCAGAUGCUAUUUUUAUAGGAAACUCUACCAAACAUUUGUGGCGGCUUGAAACUUGCCACCAGGAUAGUUUAUCUAAGAACUGCUUUACUUUCGCAGAUGCCGACCAUUUGUGCAGGGGCCUUUCCGACAAAGAGGGGACGCGGGCUGUAAAUAUGAGCGAUUUGUACCUUUCCUUUUGUAACUCCCACUCUCUGCUGGAUUUGUUUUACGGGUCGACAAGUCCGGACAAUUUGAACUGCAGCCUCGACGUGCUCGGCGAUGGCGACACGACCAGAUGCAGCCUGUGCGUCCAGGCGUACCAGCGCUACGACCAGCACGCCCAGGAGAAAUACGAGGACUUUGAGCUCCUGACCCAGAAAUAUGAGCCUGGGGCAUAUUCAGUGAGGACGUGCAUGGAGCAGUGCAAGACGGCCUAUAAGCCCUGGCUGUGUGCUCAGUAUUUCCCCACCACCCAGCAGUCCUGUCAGAAGAAGGUACCAUGCUACCAGUACUGCCUGGAGGUCCAGCAGAGCUGUCCGUUCAUCCUGCCCGAUAACGACGACCUGAUCCACGGUGGCAGCCCCAGCUUCAUCUGCACAGGGCUCUUGAGAGAUCAUCCAUCAGACAGUGAGGCGGAGUGCUGCGACGUCCGAUGGGACUCCAAAAUGGACAACCCCUCAGGCGGGACGCUAAAAAGGACUGCUUCUUCCUGCCAACCCGAGGGGGCCACGGUCACCUCCGCCGCCACCCCGAGACUGUGCAGCGGGCGACUGAAGAUCUGCCUGCUGGCCCUCGUCCUCCUACACACUGUCAUCAUCAUUUCAGCCUCCCAUAAUUCUACGUUGGUGGGCGUGGCUGCCAUUUUCUCGCCAGAGGAGAGUGCUUCUAACGAGGAAUGAACCUUGGGGUUGAAUCAAGGCUGGAGCUUGUAAAGAAGGAUGUUGCUUUUACAAAGAGGAUUAUGGCUUUUACAAUGUCAUGGCUGCCAGGGACACAUCUGGCAUUGACAUGCUGGAAAUGCCUCUACAAUCUGCCGCAGAUGAACCAUCAACCACAGGAAGUGGGAGGGCUUUUAACUGGAGCUAAGGGUGCUGGGAUUGGACAUCAACCGAACCGAGAUGUUUGAGAACCACCCCUCUAAAGAACUGACCUCUUGCCACUUGAAACCUGCUCAUUGUUUCUAUUCCAUCCAAAUGUUUUCUAGCAUAUUGUCCCUCCUCUCCUCUCCUUCCUCCCUUCCUUCCCUCCACCCUCUCCCUUCCCCUUCCUGACGUUUUCGGUGUGUGUAUGGAUGGCACGUCAGAGGAAAAAUGGACAUCGAUGGAGUGUGCGCUCUCACUCAUCAUUACCUUUAGAUUUUUGCUGCAUUUUUUUCAGGUGCCAGAAUGUUUUGACAUAUCAACUGUACUCCACUUCCUACUCUCCAUCACCUUAGAAGCAUCUUCUUACUACCUUGUAUGUGAUGUUGCUCGAGGGGCCUGCCAGGACUAGCUCAUCCAUCAUUCAUGUGGGUCUUGUUUCUCUGAAAACAAAAUGUAUGUGAUUCUUCUAUAUUCUAAUGUUCAGCUUGUAUUUCGUCCAACUAGACCUUUUUUCCACCCCUUACGACGGUACAUGCCUACACAUUUUAGGACCUUAAGUGCUCUGAGACUGGCUCGCUUUCUCUUCUAACUUGUUGGGCCAUUGAGCAAGUUAGGAGUGAUGAGGUUGCAAAGGUAGUGGCGGUUCUGCUUAUUACUGCAGGAUGUUGCAGGAGUUGAUGCUGAGCUUAGAGUUUAGCUGUCUUUAGGGAUGAGAUGCCAGGCAGUGCUCCUGGAUGGGUGGAUGUCGUUUCUAAAGUGUCAAGAUUACCUCAUACGGUAGUGUUGGUGUCAGGCAGCUCAUGUGCUUGUCUUAAUGCCACAGUUAGUAUUUAGAGUUGUUGUUCAUGAGACUGCAGGGACAACCCAGGGAAAGUAGUUGCGCUUGCUACCUACUGAACAGAGGACAGCCGCAUGAAGCCAAAACACCAGGGGCCUCAUUUAUGAACCGUGCGUAUACACAGUUUCAUGAUUAGACCGUGCGUAUGCUUGAGAAUGCGUGCACAUUUAGAACCACUCCUGACCAUGCACAGGUUCACAGGUGUAAUCCACACAAACCAACUCUACUAUCAACCAUGUAAGUGUAACUGAAACUAAACUGUGGUACCUGAAGUCUGUGCUGUCAGUAAAAUUAUGCCGUUAAUGUUUCUAUUUCGUCUAGUUUCUCCAGCGAUGCAUUGCUGAGCUUAUUUGGCUCCAUAUGAAUGAUCCAGAGGAUCUGUCAGUGACAUUCAGUCGGAAUCAAUCUGCAUUAAUAAAGACCUGUUAUGUUUCUGUACCAUUCAUUUUUAAUAGGUUUUUUUCUGUUACAACAAUUAAAGCAAAUUCAUAAUCCAUGAAUUACAUGGAAGUGGUACAGUUUCCAAUAUCUAUUUUGUGUAUGCAAUUCAUUAUUUGAUCAUCACAUAAAGUGAAAUAUUUUUUUCCCUCUUCUCAUACUGUAUCUAUAUUUAUUUAUCUUUGGACAAGUCACAUGUGGAAAUGUCGAAUAAUAGAUUUACAUUUAGAACUAUGGUGAUCUUGGAUUCUCAGCUACAAAACGUUCAUGGAGAGUAAGUUUGACAUUAUAUAGUAUAUUUACAGCAGGUGCAAUAUUCUUUCAACCAAACACACCUUCAGACUGUAGGUGGCCUAACCACAUCCUCUCGUAAUGACUAAUUAUGAGCAAGGGACACUUUGAUAUCUUAAUCUCAUUCUCUCUGAUUUUUUCGUCUUUGUUUUUCUCAGUUUCAACAAGUAACUCUACAUUAAGGCUGCUGGGACUUUUAAAGGGAUGUGCUUGAUCAUAUUUAGCAUUAUGGGGUAUUUCUGUAUGUAAAUGAGCCCGUGCAUGCACAAGCAGAUUGGGUAUUACAGGUGAGAUUUAUCAUUGUUCAUUGUGUGAAGAUGUGCAUGUGCUUCUUUGAUAAAUACCCAUUUUCUUGUACUUAUGGACAGUUCCUACGCACACAUUUAGAACUUGGUCUACGUCCGGUUUGAUAAAUGAGGCCCCAAAUCUUCGAGUGCCUCUCUGCUGCGCUGGCCCACUGAGGCAGAUACUGGCAAUGGAGCAAUAUAGAAAAAAAACACACACACAGCCAGUGUUAGUGUCCUACUUUGUGGCAUCUUCACUGCUGUUGGCUUUUCGGUAUCGUAGAGUGGGUGCAAGUGAGCAGCCAGCCAGUCAGUCGAUCAAUCAAUCAAUCAAUCAAUCCGUCGACUCUCAAAUCACCCUUAGACGAGCUGAUCAACCGCUAUCUUUCACAGACUAGCAAAGGGCUGUGUUAGUGUCAGCGUGUGAGGAGUGUGAGGAGUUUUCAAGGGCUGAUCCAUCCGAUUUUGUUCUGUUUUUUGCUGUCUGCUGCUAGUAAAGUGCACAUUGACAUGUGAUCGCGCAGGGAUUAAAGGACCAGUGCGUAGGAUUUUAGUGGCAUCUAGCGGUGAGGUUGCAGAUGGCAACCAACUGAAUACCCCUCCCCCUCCUCUUCCAAGCAUGUGGGAGAACCUAAGGUGGCUGUGAAAUUCGCAAAAAAAUGUGAAAAACCCUCUCCUCUAGAGCCAGUGUUUGGGUUGUCUGUUCUGGGCUACUAGAACAUGUUGGGUUCCAUGGAAGAGGGCCCGCUCCCUAUGAAGAUAUAAAGGGCUCAUUUUAAGCUAAAACACAACAAUUCAUAUUUUCAGGUGAUUAUACACUAAUUAAGACAUA